AUGGGCGUGGCUGUACGAGGAACUGUGCGUUGGCGUGAUCGAGCCGGCGAUCGAGAGGCGCCCAGACCGCAAGGAAUGGCUCGAGGAGGAGCAAGUGGUGUUGGUGCGGGGCCUCAGCACGGUGCUGGAGGCGGUCGCCGGCGCCGGGGCGCGCGAGUGGGGGAAAGUCGAGAAGCUGUGCGAGCAGGUGGGCCGGUUCUUGUUGGACGAGCGGGGCCAGCUGGCAUCGACGCCGUUCGCAGUGCAGGCGGAGGCGGCAAAGACGCUGGCCUCAGCAAGGCUCCCCGAGACCUGCUACCUGCUAAACAAGUGCUGGAGGGCGCUGUUCAGGUGGUUCAACCUGCUGCCCGGGCGCUCGCGCCGCCAAGUGCCAGACAAGGUGAAGGGUCUCGUUGCGUGAGCGAGGGCGCCCGGCAGGGCUGA